AUGAAGAAGUUGUUAUUCAUUCUUCUCAAUUUACUCUUUGUUUUUGAAUGCUCAAUAAUCAAAACUUCAUUUGGGAGAAUCGAAGGAAAUGAAGUUGGAAACUUUCGGUCUUUCAAGAAGAUUCCAUUCGCUAAGUCUCCGCUAGGAAAACUGAGAUUCCAAAAACCAGAAACACCUGAUAAAUGGGACGAUGUUCUAAAUGCAAAAGAGUACGGACCGGCAUGUAUGUCUAACUCAUCGUCAACAACAAGUCCACAGAAAUGGGUUGAUGAAGAUUGCCUUCAUGUAAACAUAUUUACAUCUCAAAAGUGUUUAAUGUCGAAAAACUGUCCCGUAGUUUUCUAUAUCCAUGGGGGAGAAAUGUAUUAUGAUUCAGCUGUUAUGUUCAAUGACACUAUCCUAUUUGACACUUUUGCUAAGCGAGAUAUUGUUCUCGUGAUUCCUGCAUUCCGCCUCGGCAUUUUUUCGCAUUUCUCAGUUUAUGAUCAAAGCAUUGCUCCGAACAAUUUGGGCAUGUUUGACAUUCUUCAUGCGUUGGAAUUCACUAAAUCAGAGAUUCAUAACUUCGGAGGGGAUAUCAAACAAACAACAGUUUUCGGGCACUCAUAUGGAGGUCAUAUCGUUUCUAUGCUGCAGUUCAGUACCAAGAUAAAUAUGGAUUUGAGUCUAUUCCAACGUGCUGUGAGUAUGUCCACGGCAUUUUAUUUCAAUACGUUGGAAGCUGAAAUCGAGAAGACAAACCGCUUCGCAGAACAUUCCAACUGCUCAGUUCCAUCAGCGUUAGCUAAGAAGUUAUCGAGAAACCAACAGGACACUUACAUUAUGGAGUGUCUACAGAAAAUUGAUGGGAUGGAACUUCUCAGAAUUCAACGAAGUCUAGAGGAUGCCGGUUUCCCGUUGUACGACGGACUCAUUGUUCGUGAACCACUUAUUCAAGAAGUUCCGAUUGCACAACUUUUCGAUAAUCCAAAAAAUAUUCCGUCGCUGACAGGAUGCACUUUUGCAGAGUUAGAUGUCUACAUGGCUUACCAUGACGUUGUGGGGACAUUGGGUUUUGAGAACUACGAGGAAUGCGAUGAAAAGUUUAGAACAGAAAAAAAAGACAAAGAUUUUGAAUUGAAGAAUCGUGCUGAUGAGACGAUGGCAAUUUUAGUUCAAACGAAACGGAGAGUUGGCAAACUAUUGGAUAAAAACAUUACAACGUAUUUAUACGAAUAUUCAUACCCAAAACACGCUACACACACGGACGAUCUUUCGUAUCUUAUGGGAGUUCAUUUAUUUGAAAAAGAUGAAAAUGAGGUCAAGCUUGCACAAUUUUACCAAGAGAUAUUUACGAACUUUGUCAAGUAUGGAGAGCCGGGAGAAGGAUUUGAAAGAACGAAUGCAGAGAAUUCAUCAUAUUUCAAUAUAAACUGGAAUGAGACAUCUGGAGAAAGACCAGAAAUGAAGAACGAAUACGAAUCUGAGGUAACUCUUGAUAAUUAA